UCCCUUCGUCUCAACUUCAAGGGUGAUAUCAAUCCGGGUAUGACCGCCCCUUCGAUGAACGUUGCGUCUAAAGACUGUCCGAAAUGUAAAUCGCGCCGAAUCCAAUGUGAUAGGACCUUGCCCGGUUGCCGAAAGUGCUUGCGCCGAAAUUACGAAUGUCCCGGCUAUGGACUAAUUCUGCGCUGGAAGCAAGCUAUCCCCAGUAGAGGGAGACUGGCAGGAGAUGGACCGGUUGCUGGCGACCCCAGAGACCCAGACCGGACCCUACGUGAGGUGGUGUCUCUGACACCAGUAGACCGUGGACCAAGCUCCCCACUGGAUAGUGUCUCUGGUCCAUUGCUGCAUCAUUUCAACCAAAACAUUGCGACGAAGCUUGCCUGGGUGGACGGCCCAGAAAACCCGUGGCGACAGAUUAUACUCCCCCUGUCCCAUGCCUCGCCGAUCGUGCGCUACUCCUUGCUGGCCAUGUCGUCGGAGGAUCUCACACAUAAAUAUACCAUCGACCGGCCGUACUUCCAUCAACUGAAAGCGCAGUCGCUGUAUUACCGGGACAAAGUCUUAUCCCUCUUACCACAACAUCUAGAACGUCUUUUGAAAGCCCCCGUGUCGUUUGAUUGUGCGAAUCAGGCACGGUUCGCUCUGGCAACAGUCCUCCUUCUCUACAACCUCGAGCUCUGCGCGGCCAAGGCCACGCAACGGCGACUACACAUCCAGGGGGCUCGAGCAAUCAUACAAUGGAAGCUUCAGGCGAUCGGACGUCACCUACCCCCCGACGUCGCCGAUAAUUUUCUCCGUUAUGAGUACUACUUCACCGCCGUCUUCAACGGCUUGACCACGUUUGAUGCCACCUACGAUGUCAUUGACGAUAUCCCAAUUCACGACAAAAUUGCCGUUUUUGGUGACUUUGUCCGGAUCAUGCACUCUGUAACCCGAGCGGAGCGACGUAAGUUUAGUGGUAGUUCCGAUAUCGAAACGACACGGGUGGAAGAUAUCGUGGACGAAAUUGAAACGGCGAGAGGUCGAGCGCUCCAGCUGAAUCAGAUCAUGCGGUUUCAAUAUCCCGACGCGCGACACGAUUUCGAACACUUGACACACAUGUAUUACCAUGCGAGUUUAAUCUACAGCCACCGUGUGCUCUCUGACUUCGGUUCAUCCAACGACCUCAUUCGGGCUUCUCGAGACGCGAUUCUCGAACACUUAUCGCACCUCAUGGAGCGGGCAUAUUUCGCGCACGACCUGGUCUGGCCACUGUUCGUCUGUGGGACGGAAUGUCGUUCCCCGGAUCAGGAGGACGCCAUCGAACGGGCGCUUUUGGGGGUGAUUCGUCUCAGCGGCAGUCUGGAACGACGGCGAGUUUUGUCCUUUUUAAGGAUGUUUUGGCGGCUGGAGGGCGACGAUCGGCCGGUGAAUUGGAUUGCAAUGGCCAGGAGUCGCGCGGCCGACUGUAGCUUUUCUCCCAAGACUAGCCAUCCCAUCAUGGACCCGCCCACGGUGGACAAGAUCACCGCAGAUUCCAACCUCGCAGCUCUCGGAUACACGCCAGAGUUGUCGCGCAAUCGAUCAACAUGGCAGGUAGUCUUCAUGGUUUUCAUUCUGGCCUCCGUGCCGUACGGUCUCUCGACGACCAUGUUGUACUCCAUUGCCGGAGGCGGCUCGGCCAAUAUGAUCUGGGGUUGGAUCCUGGUAUCCCUGAUCAUGUUGUGUGUCGCCGCAUCGCUCGCCGAGGUGACAUCCGUCUAUCCCACCGCCGGUGGUGUCUACUACCAAACCUUUGCCCUGUCCCCCGUUAAGUAUCGCCGAGUGGCCGCCUGGAUCUGCGGCUGGUCCUUUAUUGCCGGCAACAUCACCAUCACCUUGGCUGUGAACUUCGCCACGGCGCUGUUUCUGAUUGAGAGUCUCAAUGUGUUUACCGACGCUGCAGGUGUCGGUAUCACAGAAGACUUUCAGGCCUAUCAGACCUAUCUGAUCUUUCUAGGCAUUACACUCGUCUGCCAUGUCAUUCCUGCCUUUGGGAAUAAGUGGUUGACACACCUGGAGACCUUUGCCAUCUUCUGGACCCUGGUAGGCGUGACUGCCAUCAUCAUCACCAUUCUGGUCGUUGCCAGUAACGGCAGACACUCUGCCAAAUAUGUCUUCACCGAUUUCUCCCCGCAAUCCGGCUGGCCAGACGGUUGGUCCUUCUGUAUCGGUUUACUGCAGGCUGCCUACGCGCUCUCGGCCACCGGCAUGAUCACCUCCAUGUGUGAAGAAGUCCGCGCGCCAGCCAUCCAAGUUCCCAAAGCGAUCGUCGGCGGCCUCACCCUGAACGCCCUGGCCGGUCUCGCCUUUUUGAUCCCCAUCGCGUUUGUCCUCCCCGAUAUCUCCUACCUGGCGAAUCUCCCCUCCGGCCAACCCGUGCCGCCCAUUUUCAAAGCCGCCACCGGCAACUCCGCCGGCGCCUUCUGCCUGCUCAUCCCAUUGUUGAUCCUCGGCAUCAUCUGCGGUGUAGGUUGCGUAACCGCGGCAUCCCGAAGCGUCUGGGCCUUCGCCCGCGACGGAGCCAUCCCAGGCUCCAAGUGGUUCAAGAAGGUCGAGCCGCGCCUCGACAACAUCCCCCUGAACGCGAUGCUCCUCGGCAUGGUAAUCGAACUCCUGCUCGGCCUGAUCUACUUCGGCUCCACGGCCGCAUAUAAUGCCUUCUCCGGUGUCGGUGUCAUGUUCUUAACCCUCAGCUACGCCUGCCCAAUUGCGGUCUCCCUCCUUCUCCGAAAGCGCCAAGAUAUCAAGAACUGCAGCUUCAACCUCGGCCCCCUGGGUCUGUUCUGUAAUAUCGUCUGUCUCGCAUGGACCUGUCUCGCCAUCCCGCUCUUCUCCAUGCCCACAUUCAUGGACGUCACCCAAGAGACCAUGAACUACGCCUCCGUCGUCUUCGUCGGUUUCUUCAUCAUCUCGGCGAUAUGGUACUGGGUGUGGGGUUAUCAGAACUACGCCGGUCCGCCGACGGAAGAGGGCAUGGAGGGCCCCCACGGCCAUUCCGAAUAG